GAGAGCGGUAACACGACGCUUGCGCGAACCUCUACGUCCUCACGCCGCGCGCGCAACUGUCUGCUUUAUCUGUGCACCGCUGCAUGAUUCCAAUUUUUUGUUUUCUUCUUUUGUGAUGUAAACCGACCAGUGAGUGGGACCUAAAACUUUGUGAUCAGUGUCUGUGUCGACUGUUUUGUGUAAAAAAUAUAUUUGACACACAUGUGACGUGUAACGGUGCAGAUCUGACGGUCUAUCGACUCGCUAAAAUCCAAUAAGUGUUAGUGUAUCUUAAAAGCGGUGUGCCAGAAUUUUACGGACUUGUCUGAGCGGAGAUAGCGACAAAUAAACGGAGCAUAUUUGUUAUUUAAGAGCAAUGUCUCGGUGGAAGGGCAAAGUGAGGUAGCCGGCAGAUGGCAGCUGUCAGCGCGGCGAUGUUUCGGCCCGGGGGCGCUCUUGACCCCCCAUGUUACGCGUCUCAGAGGGUAUAUGACACUCCAGAAAAUACACGUCCGAAGAAAUGGUCAUCCAAGCUAAAACUAAAUACACCAGGGAGCAGCAAAUCAUCAGAAAAGUCACCAGAAAGUCCACUGUUAUAUGGAACUCUAAAUGGGCCGGGCGGAUCAGCUUUAUCUAAAUCAAUGAAAUAUGCAGAGACGUGGUUGUAUGGGUCCGUAAGGACCCAAACACCACCUUUACGGCCAAGCGUUUUUAAUUCAUAUCCCGAGGCGCCAGGCCCUGUCUUAAUUAGUACUCCGCAAAAACCAACUCCACAUAAUUAUGCAGUUAUACUAUGUUCCUGUCCCGAAUAUCUUAACGGUACAAAGAAAACCAGCUCAACCAAAGUCAGUAUAUGUAAGAAAUGCAAAGGAUCUCGCUUGCCCUUAACUAUAACUGACAGCCCGCGAUUACUUGUUGGUGGAACGGUCAGAGGUCCACAAGUAAGUCGUGAUCCUGGAUUAUUGAGAGGUGGCACCGUUCGGGUACAGAGUACUAAAUCAAGACCGAGCAUACUAAAACCCAAUGGAGAACCUGAUCCAUACGAUCUUAUGCGUCGGAGCCGGCUCGCACCACCACAUGAAACUCGAAUAGGCAGUCAAUUUUCGACAUCACGAUCUCGGGCUAAAAGUAUAAGUCCUUGUCGAGUGAAGAGCAAGAAACAAACUCCGGAAAGCCUAAAUAAAAACAGAAGUAAGUCAGUAAGUCGCGUGAACGAACUGUGGAUUGACGAAGAGGAAAAUAAUGUGGUGGAAACAAAAAAGUCAAUUCUUUCUUGCGAUAUUAACCCUUAUGAUUUAAUGAAGUCUUCUGGAUCGAAGUCAAAUUUAGAGGUUGAAUUCGACGACGAUUUUAGUGAACCUUAUCAAGAUCAUAAGAACAGUAAUAAUCGCCUCACUAAAGUUAAAUUGGAUUCAAAUGUUAAAAAUAUAAGUGGACAAAGAAUACGUGUAUCAAAUGAAUCUAAAACAAAUAUAGUGGAUGAAUUAACUGUUUAUGAUCCUGUGAAUUUUGAUCUCAAAAACUAUGAUUUUAAAUCGGCAGAUAUGGCUUCGGCGUUAUCUUUACCGAACAUUAAAAACGAAAAUAGUAAGUUAGGAACGUUAAGUAAAUCUAGUAGUAAGAAAAUAUUAAACACCACCUCAAAUCGUACAAAACAAAAGAGUGUGUCACCUAAGCGUCCUCCAAGAAAACUCAGAAAUACAAAAAAUGAUGAAGAUAGUGAAAGUGAUAACCAACGUAUACCAGAGAGAACUUAUAAAAAACCUUCAUAUGAAAAUGCGCGUAAUUCAAAAAACAAAAAUCAAAAAACAGAUGCCAUAAAAUCAAUAUUGAAAAAACCUAAGAAUGAUUCAAAUGUUAAAACAGAGAAAUCUGAUGAUUCAUUUGAAAAUAAAAAUGUUAACCAUUCCCAAUUUUAUCUUCCUAAACCAAAAGAUAAAAGUGCAGUUUCAUCUCAAAAUAUUUUGCACAGAAAAAGGGUUCAAUUUCUUGUUGAGAAAGAAGAAACCAAAGUUAUAUUUACUGCUGAAUUAAAUCUCCACGAUAACAUUACAAACGAGGAAUCUGGUAUACCCACAAUAGAAACAAAAGAAGAAGAAAUUGCUGAAAAUAAUACGAUAAAAAAUAGCUUGAACGAAAUUGUGUCAGAGACCUCUGAUGAGAUAAAAGAGUCUCAAAAUCAAAAUAAACAGGAUAUCAUCCCUCAAGUGUCAUAUCAACUUCAAUCUUGUGAUGAAAAUCCACCAACGAUUCCUGAAAAAGAAGAAUCUAAGGCAACUGAGCAAAAUAAAGUCGAAGAUAACAAUGUACCGCAACCAAGAAUACCAUCACUACGACGCUCAGAAUCAGAAAGACUGACAUCAACAAUAACCAUUACACCACCUAAGUUUUUAGAUACUAUGGCAUUGAGAUCAAAGCCUAAGCAUGGUCACACAAGCCAAGUAUUUUUAGGAUCUUUGACUGAAAAUGAAAAUGAACAUCAAAAACACACAAAUAAUGCAAAAAUAGUAUCUUCUGGUAAUGACACGCAAUAUGCUAUAAGACUUCAAAAUGAAACUGAUAUGGGGAACCUCAGUGACAGUAGUGAAAUUACUAGUAAUGUAUUGAAAAAUUUACGAAAUGGCAUAUCUGAGCUACCGGAACCACCGCCAAGAUUAAAAUCAAGGUCAAAAAGACAAAAUUACGUAAAAACUCGUUUUGUUCGGAACAAUUCAUCAAGCUCUACAAGUGACGAAUGGUCAGAUACGAAUGAAAAUGAGCAGCGUACAAUAUUAAGAGUAAAACAAUAUGACAAUGAUGACACUAAGGAAUUAUUAAAAGAAUCAAAUAAAGUUCUCAAACUUAUCGAAAGCGAGCCAAGAAAAACAUCAAUACAAAUAAAUGGCGAUGAAUGUUAUUCUACCAUGAAUGUUAGCAAUAAUACACCAAUUUAUCUGUCUUCAGUUGUAGUGAAUGAUGACUAUAACAACUCUUGUAAUUCAUAUCAAACUGGUACUACUGUCACUAUAAGCGUGGGCUCGUCGGAUAAUAAAGUAAAAAAAUCGAAAAGCCAAGUUUAUAUUGGGGCUAUGUUCCCUGGGGAUCCUAAUAAAAACGAAGAAGUCAAUACGUACGAAGAUUACUUUAAUAAUAGUAGUGCGUCAAACCUAUCAAAUGCUAGCAUAUCAUCGAUUUUAAAUGAUCCAGUGGAAGCUGUAAAACGCAAUUUAAUUCCACACGUUUGUGGCAAAAAAGAUGAAGGUACUCAAUUCUUAUCUAAAGAUAAUCAAGAUGAGAGCAUUCAGAAGAAGAGUUCAGAUGGUGGAAAUUUGGUUGCAAAACUUUUUGAUGAUCCCUUCUUUGCUCAUUUAGCAGAUGGCCUGGACUCAGAUUUAGUUAAAAAAUUGAUUGAAAAUUCUUUGAUAAAAUUGCAAGAAACAAAAAAUCAGGAAGAUACCGACAGUAGUAAGGUAACUAUUGAGAAACUUAUAGAAAGUUCACUUAUAACUAUGAAAGAAGAAAUAAAUAAAAACGGAAGUAAAAGUUACCAAGGUCCCGAAAAGAAAAACGAUGACGUUGUUAAUCUUAGUGACGUUACUACGCCUGCUUACACACAGAACGAUGAUAAUAUCUGCUCUGCUCCCUAUGAAAGUAUGGAGUAUGAAAGCGGUGUAGCUGGAGUUUUCUCAGACUUGGAACCGAUGUCCGAUUGUUAUAAUGCGUCUGCGAGUGAACUAUCAACAGAAGACGAUACUAAUUCGACUAGAUCGAAAUUUUAUCAAAUGUUGGUAGACGCUGCGAUUUGUGAUAUUGAAACUGCAAAUAACACUGAUGAUGAUCAUCAUUACGAGUCUAUACGCUUAAAUAGCGACCCAAUUUAUGAAGAAAUCGGCGAUAUGCCACCACCUCUGCCAGUCAAUCCUCCGCCUAAUUCACUUAUGCUUUUAGAUGAUGAAAAACGUAGUGGUUCGCGCUCCAUAUUUGAAGGUGCAUCUAAAUAUGAUAUUCUAUCGUAUUUAGUUGAUGCUAAGGAAAGAGGUAUUGACGAUGAAGAAACCUAUAUAACAAAUUAUGACAAUGCACCAGAAUCACCACCGAUAUCGCAAAAGGAUAAAGAAAAUGGGUCAAAUGAAAUUAAAUCAUUAAAAGGAGUUGAAAGAAAUACAAGUCAAAUAUCAAAUGCAUCGGAUUCAAGUGAAGAUAAUUCACUAAUUAUAAAUAAUGAAAUUGUAGAAAAAACAUUGGUAUGCAAGAAACCGUCGGCUGAAAUAGAAAGGAAUGAUUCAGGCGUAGGCUCAGAGACCAGCAAGUCUUCAAGAAGUAGACUCCAGGGAAAAACAUCGCCACGAAAUUCUGUAAGCGAUAAAGACACGCCAAUACACUUGUGUGAAGAUUGUGAUACUGCAGUUGAAACUCAAAUUACAGAGCAAGGUUCUAUAUACGCUCCAUUGGUGUGCAGAAAAUGUGCUAAAAAAAGAGCCGAGAGGAAAGAAAUAAUAACGGAAAUUGUCGAAACCGAGGAAAAAUAUGGUCGUGAUCUUCAAAUUAUCUUAGAAGAAUUUUACAAGCCUAUGCUCGUAGCUGGUCUACUUACUCAAGAACAAUUGAGCGCUAUAUUCCUAAACGUGGAAGAACUCAUAGAUAACAAUCAAGUUUUGUCUGAGAAAUUAAGAGAUGCCCUUGAAAUAGCAGUGGAACAAGGGGAUGAGGAUCUAUUGACGGUGAAUGUCGGUAAGAUCCUUCUAGAAUGUUCGGGAAUGCUGACGGCGUUCCAAUCGUAUUGUGUGAAGCAAGCCGGCGCCGCGCUGCUGCUGGCCGGCCUCGAGAAGGAGAAGGAACUCCUGAGGAUAUUCUUGCGCGUCUCGCAAAUGGAAAACGCGGUGUUGAGGAGGAUGAAUCUUAAUUCUUUCCUCAUGGUACCGGUUCAACGCGUGACAAAAUAUCCGCUCCUUCUCUCGCGUCUAUACCGUGCGACCGCGUCUUGCGCUAGCGAGCGCGAAGAUGUCAAAAGUGCUCAGCGCUGCGUGGAGUCUAGACUAGAGGAGAUUAAUGCAGCGGCCGCAGCGGCUGCAGCGGCUGCGCGGGACGUGCCGCUGUGGCGACGACUAGCCGCUGCUAGACGUACUGCACAUGAUUUACACGUAGCUGAUAUACGGCUCAGGAAAAUGGCCGUGGAUGUGCUGGACUGGAAUCACGAUGAUGCCAGGUUCGCCAUGGAAGGCAAGCUGCUGUUCACACAACCGAACGACAACAACUGGCGCAAGGGUCGAACCAUCAAGCUGAUGCCGAUUAACGCUCUUUUGGUAACUAAUGGAAAGCCAACGAACACACACAAAACGAACGAAAUACGCGAAACGCGGGAAGCCCGCGACCGCGAAGCGCGCGAACGCGAGGGCGAAGCGUUAUUCGCUCGCAGCGGCGUGCGUGAGGCCGCGCUGCUAUUGGUCCGCGAGAAGGCGGGAAGGUACACGCUGCAACGGGAGCCAUUGUUCUUGGAUAGAUGUGUGGUCGCCGCGGACCAUGAACCGGAACACUUCUUUGAAGUGCACGAGAUUACUACCAAGGAUUCUUAUAUAUUUAAGGCGGACGAAAGCACACGCACGCGCACGUGGUACCGCCAGCUGCAGUACCACGCGCAGGGCGCGGGCGCGUGGCGCAAGCGACGGAACGCGCUAGCCAACAUUAUGAUCAACCCGAUGUUAACUAGAAAUUAAAUAAAUGUACUAAAUUAUACGUUGUUUUAUUGGAUUGGUUAAUAAAUAAACGAAAUGAUGCGUUGUUUUCUUUGGGGCGUGAGUUGCAAUGUGAACUUUUGGUGAAUAGGAGCUCAUAUAGACCGAGCUGAUCGAAUUGUUUCGCAAAGCUUGCUCUGUGUGAAUUCGCUUAAUUGAUACAAUAGUGACUUUGGAUUUUUUUUCGAAAUAAAUAUUGUGUGAAUUGACUAAUAUCUUAUUAUUUUGUAUACCGAUGGACAUUAAAGAAAAAAUCAUUUGUGAACUGCAUUUAUGUAAAUAAUUUUUUUAAACAACAAAAGAAUAGAAAAGAAAGGAGACCAUAACAGGAUUAAAACCGCCUGGUUUGAUUUACGGUACUGACGUCUUAGUAAACUAGGCUAGAUUGAAUUCGUUCUUACAUUUUCUUUAUGCUUGCUGCGUGAGACAUUCUAACGAUUUUCCCAGUUUCAAGAUAUUUUUAUUCUUUUGUUGUUUUUAAAAAUUUGUAGAAGGGCUGAAAUUAUUGAAAUUGUAAGACAAACUUUGACGUAGGUACUGGUAAUCCAGACCAUAAAUUAUAGGCAAAACACUAGGAGACAAAGUGAUUCUAAUUUCUACUCUAUAUUUAAAACUUUACUUCUAGAAGCUAAAAACUUCGUAAAACUCUUUCAUUUUAUUUGUUGAUAAUAAUUUUCUAAAUAGUAUCUUUCUAUUUUAUAAAGACACUAAAAUUAAGUAAAACAACACGAGAACUCUAAACUGUUUAGUUCAAAGAGAACCUACGUUUGUUAUUCAGUUCUUUUGAAACUAGUGUUUUGUCUAACAAUACUACGGAUAUGGGAAAUAAGAAUAAACUAUGAAACCAGAAAUACUUGACAUUAUAAAUAAUAUAAUAUAAAGAAAGGAAAAACCUUAUCUUUGUCUUUUAAUAGCUAUGUUAAGGCUAAUAAAGCCUUCGUUCUAAAUGCUAUUUUUGUUUUCAAGAAUAACAUUAUUGCAUUUGAACCCCACCUGAAUUUGAAACAACGUAUUUCCAAUUCAAAUGCAUUUAUAAUUAAGUGCAAAUUUGCGUAGUUGCCUUUACAUUCCCUUACCAAUAGUGAUUGCAUUCACUGUAAUAAUAACCUAUUAUUUUCAUUGUACUUUUAACUGUUUAUUGCUUUUUUAAAUCAUUCCUUUGUAUUUGUAUAUUUAUGUAUUUAUAUAAAUUUUAGAUACUUUUUCAAAUAAGUUAAAUUUUGACUUUAGUCUGAUGGUUUGUGUUCGAAUAAUGUUUAAAUGUAACAUAAUUUUCCUAUAUUAUUGUAUGACUUAAUUAUUUGCCACUAGUUAAGAUUUAGCGUAUACCAAAAUUUAGUAUUCAUUAAUUUUGUGCCCUAAUAUUUUAAACGAUAUCUAAAUGAAUGUAAAUAAUUAAAAUAGCUGUGAUAUCCUGAAGUAAAUGAAAAAAAGCUUAUUGUUACAUCUAUAACACUGUUAUUUUAACUGUUAAAUAACUAUAACUGAAUAACGUGUAACGGUAUCGAAAAUAGCUUCCUGACUAGUCUUAAGGUGUUUAAUAUUUAAAAGAAAAUAAAAAUAUUUUAAUUCGAUUGUAUUUAUUGUAUGUAUUUUAUGUAAUUAGACGCAGUUAAUGUAGAGAUCAGUUUUCGCCUUUAAUGUUAUAUUGUUAAUUAUUAGUUGAGGAGAAAUGGAAAUAAAUAAAUUUAUUAAAAAUA